UCUUCGUGGUCUUUUUCGGUUUUGUCAGUGACGAGACAGCAAAGGGAAAAAGUGUUGACCGUCGUUUGCGAGCUAUGCAUGCAACACAAUACAUAAGAGUAUAUGGAAUGUUCAUGGAAUUCGAACGCCUUCAAGUCUGUAUUUGUAUUUGUAUUUGUAUUUGUAUUUGCCUAUUUAGCCCAUUAUAAACAAUAAUUAUAAAUUCGAACGUAAUAGUUUUCUAACUUAAUAUACUUUGAAAUAAGAGCUACUACGACGGUUAAGCAAACAGAAAUCAAAGCAUACGAAUCAGUACUAAAACAAAUAGCUAGGCACUGAAAGUGAACAAUUUCGAGUUUGUAUAAAAGGGGAGAAAAGGGAAACGGCAAGGGCAAGGGCAAGGGAAAGGGGAAGGGGAGCAACACACACACAGAGACACACGACUACCGAACCUUCGCCCAACUGUGUGUCCCAACAGAUAUACAACACGUAUAGCUGCGCGCGAACAUUAGCUACAAGUAUUUAAAAAUGUAAAUGCAUAUUUCUACUAAAAUUUAUUAAGUAAUGCGAUUUAAAUAAAUGAGAAUAUUGAUUAUAUACAACAUUCAUAUAUGUUACCUAUCGUUAUCGUUCUUGUUUUCGUGACGACAUCUCGUUGCUAUAGUAAACAAAUAAUUUGCCAUCGAACAAGCUAGUUAGUGUCUUGGGGACCUUGAGAGAAAGCCAGAUGGAUCCAGCUAAAGUAAUUGGGAAACUCAAGGAGCAGGUGCGCAUGGAGCACAAGUCGCGACGCAACUAUCCAGAGGUGUGGCAUCAGAUCUCCGACAAUGCCACCAAUAGGUUCUACCAUCAGAAUGAGAUUGACUCCCAGCUGAAGGGACAACUCAAGCUGCAAGAGCUCUGCCCUUUUGUUCAUGACAAUAAGGGCGAAUCGCGCUUUGUGUCGCCGGAGAUGUACAAUAGCCUGCUCUCUAGAUGCCGCUGUGGACGCUCUCGCCGGGGCCCACACAUGGGCAAAUGUCUGCAGAGAACAGUGAGUCCGGACUAUGACUAUGACGUGGCACAACCAAGUGCCAAGGAUUCGGAAGGGAAAAAGGGGGAGCCGGCAGUGCCACGCACUUCCAACUCUUCCAUUGGGCUUUUGGGUAUCCAGACGAGCUAUCGGAAACUGGAGCAAUCUAUGCAGUACGUCUCGCCGACCUUCUCGAUGCCAGGGCCGCGCAUAACAGCAGUGCCGUAUAAUAUUAUUGUAAUAGGCUAAGCUUUGUAUUUGCCCAGAAUGAAUGAAUCACCAGGCCGCUCUAAACUAGAACUGGAUUUUCCCUCACCUCACUCUGGCGCAUCGGGGAAUUGGGGAUUGUGGUAGAUCUGCUUUAGGUUAUCGCCGACCUGCGCCACACAAGCGUAGACU